AUGGCUACCCCUAGUGUCCUAGCUUUUGACGCUGAGGGUCGCGCCAUUGAUUUUGAGGUCUGGUUAGACGACCUGCAGCUGUUCUUACAGUGCGACAGGGCUGACGACCUUUCUCUCUUUGAUCUCACCUCUGGCGCCUCUCCUGCUCCUGCUGCUGAUGCUGAUCCCGCUGUCCGCUCUAAGUGGGCCACCCGCGAUGCUGCUGCACGUCUUGCUGUGCGUCGCCACCUCCCUACCUCUGAGCGUGCGCACUUCAGUCAGUACAAGAGUGCUCAGACCUUGUACGACGCUGUAGUUGCGCGCUACUCCUCCCCUGCCACUGCUGCACUGAGCCUCGCGCGCCUCCCUGACUCCCUUCGCGUCGUCAGGGACCACUUUCUCGCAGUCUGUCCCACCACCCUCACCGUCGACCUCCUCGAGAAGGCCCUCCUCGCAGCGGAGAAGAGCAUCGUCGCUGUAGGUGCUUCUCGUGGUGACCCUCGCACCCCCAUCUUUGAGGGGUGCUCUCCUUCCCCCUUGCUGCCCUCUGUUGCCUCUGCUGCUGCUGCCGACCUGCUUGGUCUAGAGUCGGUCGGCGCGGCGUCUGCCCCUAGUGGGAGACGUCGCUCCAGCAAGGGCAAGGGGGGCAAGGGCGCGGGUGGAGCUGGAGGGGGCGGUGGCGGUGGCGGCGGUGGCGGCGGAGGGAGUGGGGGUGGCGGCGGGACUAGUGGCGGGGGUGGUGGUGGUGGUGGCAGCAGCGGCGGAGACGGUGGUUGUGGUGCCAGCGGUGGUGGUGGAGGCAGCGGCGGAGGUGGAGGCGGCGGAGGUGGAGGCGGUGGAGGCGGCAGCGGAGGAGGCAGUGGUGGUGGAGGGGGUGGAUCUGGUCGGGGUGGUACCCAGCAGCGUAGCGGCGGUGGUGGUGGUCAGCGCUUGCAGCGGCAGCAGCAGCAGCGCUCUCGGGACAUCCCUUCGCCUCAGCAGCUUCGUGAGUGGUACGCUGGGCGUCAGAGGGGUGGGGGUACUGGUCCCUACACCUACGUUCUUCGUUCCGGCAACCGCGCGGGUGAGCAGUGUGGGGGUGCCCACGCGACCCAGCGCUGCUUUGGCCGCCUGACGGACGCCUGGCGUCAGCAGUUCCCUGGGGCUAGUGAGAUCCCUCGCUGGGAUGAGCUUCUCAGGGCUGGUGUAGCGAUCUUUGAUCUUGAUUUUGAUGCUAUCCUUACUGCUAUGUAUGUUGUGGAUUAUAGUGAGGAGAAUGAGGGUUACCGCUGUUUCCAGCCCGACCCGGGCAUUGGUCCUGCUGCGCUAGGUGCUUGUGAGGCUGCUGCUCUAGGUGCCAGUGCGUCUGCGCUCUCAGGUACUGGUGAGACUGCGCUCUCAGGUACUGGGUCGUCCUCGUCCUCCCUCACUUUCACACUUGACUCCGGAGCUUCUCGCUCCUUCUUUCGAGACCGCACUACCCUUACGCCGCUUGGCCGGCCGGUUGCGGUCUCCCUUGCUGACCCCUCUGGGGGUCCUGUCCUGUCUCACUUCUCCACUGUCCUCCCGUGUCCGGCUGCCCCUUCGGGCACCCUGUCGGGUCUGUACCUUCCCUCGUUCUCUACGAACUUGGUGAGUGGAGCAGACCUGCAGGAUGGGGGUGUUCACCAGUUCACUCCUGCGAGUCAGCGGGUGACCCACUGCACGGAGGCACGCACAGGCCGACACCUGGCCACGUUCUCGCGUCGGCCGGGGUCGAGUCUCUACACCCUGACCGUUGAGUCUCCUCCUGUCCCUGCGUCUAGUCAGGUGGCUGCGUCGGGUCAGGUACUUGCUGCUGCGUCCCGGUCAGGUCCUGAGUCUGCCCCCUGUUCUUGUCGCCUCCUGUCUCACGAGACUCUCCUGUGGCACCACCGUCUUGGCCACCCCUCCUUGCCCCGUCUUCGGAGCAUGGCUUCCCGUGUCCUUGUCUCUGGUCUUCCCCAGUCUCUCCCUCCUCUCCCCUCCGGGCCAGGACCUUCCUGUGUCCCCUGUGUCGAGGGUCGCCUCCGGGCUACUCCUCACUCCUCCCACUUCCCCCCGACAGAGGCUCCCCUGCAGACGCUUCACAUGGAUGUGUGGGGCCCAGCCCCCGUCCGUGGGCAGGGUUACGAGCGCUACUUCCUGUUGGUGGUUGACGACUAUUCGCGUUACACCACAAUCCUCCCCUUGCGCAGCAAGGGUGCGGUCACUGAGGUGCUGAUCGACUGGAUCCGCGAGGCUCGUCUCCAGCUCAGGAAGAGCUUCGGCUCGGACUUUCUUGUUCUGCGUCUGCACUCUGACCGAGGCGGAGAGUUCUCUUCUCGCCUUCUGCGAGACUACUGUCGUGCACGGGGGAUCCGCCAGACCUUCACGCUUCCGGACUCACCGCAGCAAAAUGGGAUUGCUGAGCGCCGCAUUGGCAUGGUCAUGGAUGUCGCUCGUACGUCCAUGAUGCAUGCGGCUGCCCCCCAUUUUCUGUGGCCGUUUGCGGUGAGGUACGCGGCGCAUCAGCUCAACCUUCACCCCCGGGUCUCUCGGCCUACGAUGUCCCCAUUCUUGCUGUGGACGGGGAAGGUUGGCGAUGCGUCUGUGUUCUGUGUCUGGGGAUCUCGGGCGUUUGUCCGCGACUUGUCUGCGGACAAGCUGUCCCCUCGCGCUGCUCCCUGUGUCUUCCUUGGCUUCCCCACUGACGCCCCAGGGUGGCAGUUUUACCACCCCUCCUCUCGUCGUGUUCUGUCCUCCCAGGACGUCACGUUCGACGAGUCAGUCCCCUUCUACCGUCUCUUCCCCUACCGCACUCCUUCCCUCCCCCCUCCGCCGGACUUCCUUGUGCCGGUAGACGCCGUUGACCCGGUCGAGGUUACUGGUGACUCUGGUGCUGCUGCGGGUGCUGAGCCUGGGGGUGCUGACUCUGGGGGUGCUGUGCGCGGGGGUGCUGAGCCUGGGGGUGCUACUGCUGGGGGUGCUGGGCCUGAGGGUGCUACUGCGGAGGGUGCGGAGCCUGGGGGUGCUGAGCCGGGGGGUGCUGUGCCUGGAGGUGCUGGGUCUGGGGGUGCUGGGUCGGGAGCUGCUGAGCCUGGGGGUGCUGAGCUGGGAGCUGCUGCGCCUGGGGGUGCUGCGUCUGGAGCUGCUGAGCCUGGGGUUUCUCCUGCUGCUGCGUCUCGCCGGGAGCCCCUCUCUCCACAGGAGCUGCGCGAGUGGUUCGCUCGCCGCUGGAGGCGUGCUGCUGAGUCUGGAGCUGGAGCUGGAGCUGGAGCUUCUUCGACCGUCGAGGCGUCGUGA